GCUGCUGAGUUGCUGCCACCCACCACUACUGCUGAGUGCUGCUGCUGCCUUUCCCCAUCUUCCCAGUCAAUCAUCUCCAAACCCUGUCUGAACCACACACCCUUUCUCUCCCUCACUCUUUCACUCUAGUUCUCCCAUCCUCCCCGUCUGAACGAGACCCUUCCUCCUCUUUAUACAACAAUUGCCAUUUACAAAUUUCCCACCGCAAUCCGAUAUAGGUAUAUGCGCUAACGCCCAAUCGGCAUUUCGCCGCCUGUUCGAGUCCGCCGUGACCCUCCGUCCUUCUCACCCCGUCGAGUCUCCGAGGCAUUAUUUGGUCCUGCCUUCGUCGACCUCGUCCCUCACCUACCUACGUCGUCGAGGAUAUCUUUAUUAGAGAAAGAGUUGUAUCUUCUUGGGCCCGCCCUCCAUCAGAGGUUGCUUGGGCUCUAGGCAUUAGACAUUGGCCUGUCAAGAUGAUCUGGUCAUGACAUCUAUCUCUCCGGCCGAACCGCGGCCUCCCUCACUGCGACGUCCAACUGAUUCGAAGCGACCCGCGCUUGGGAGAGCAUCCAGUCAUGUCUUUUCGCCCAUCGACAGAAAGCCGCCGGCAUUGCAAAGAGAGACUGUAGAGACUGGAGAGGACAGGCCAACGAAAAGGCGGAAGAUCGAAGCCGAGCCUAACUCGAAUCAAGUUGCCAAUAACCACAAUAUAUCGCUUCCUGCCAAAGCUCCCGAUUCACAUGUCGACACCAAGGCCGUGUACUGGCGAUGGGCCAAGCCGUCGGCAAUUCGAGCAGCUGGCGCCGGGUCAAAGAAGAAGCAAGAGGAGGAAAAUUCGAGUGAAGACGAUGCACCCGAACUCCCACCUCGGCCGUGGACAACCACUAGAGCCGCAAAAGUUGCAGAUAAACCCACGCCGACACAUCGAUCACGAGUGGACAUCCCUGUACCCAAUACUCCCGACUCGAUACAAGUUCCAUCCUCAGCACCUCAAUUCGUUCCCAGGAGACCGGUCGGAUUCUUCCCCUGGACCGGGAAGCAUCCUGAAGACAUCUUAAAUGACAACAAUGUGAAGAAUGGCUAUUUUGAUAAACCUCCAAAUCCUACUGAAAAGGAACUCAAUACCGCGCGGGUCCCGCUUUACAAUGCAUUCAAACACAAAUCGGGCGUGGACAGCUUGUCUACUCUCUUUUCUCUUGUCUUGAACCAGAAGAGCAAGCAUGGCUUGAUCAGCUCCGUCUCCACAUUCAAGCCACCUCCCCGCGUUACCUUGACCGAAGCGAAACGGAAGUCGUGGAUAGCGGAUCUGGCCAAUGCAGAUGUACCCUUGAGGCGACUGAGCAGGACCAUCCCUCAGGGCAUCAAGGGUCAGACACUUUUAGAACAAUGCUUGCAAAGCUCGGUUCCUUUGAGUCGUGCGAUAUGGUUCGCCAAGUGCGUUUGUGCCAACGAGAUUCGCACCUUGAAAAGGAAAGGGACUGCUCCCGCAGUGGCCGUGGGCGCUGAAAAUAAAUGGCUUCGCGAAUGGACGCUCAACGUCGAACAAUUUUUGGAAACAUAUCUGGAACACGCAAAUCCACCUGAUUGGAAAUCAAACAUUCAAUACGCAUUGCGACUUAUUACCCGCCUCUACUUAGAGAACCUCCUGGAUCGGGGCCACUACUUGGAUUGGAUUUUGCGCUCUUUCACUGUCGCGGACGUCGGCCACACUCCUUUGUGGCUAAUGGUAAUCCACAUAUACAAGCAAGAUUUGAGCCACUACCGACGAAGAGGUGCGAGACUCGCCAAAGCACUGAUUGACAAGUACCGCUCAAUAGACAAGCUCCCCGACCAAACGAUAACUCCGUUGAGACAGAGGCUGCGUGCCGCAAUCCGGGAAUUAUUGUUCGCACGCCCCGCCAUUUUCCUGAUGCCAGACAGGUGGCCCGAGAGCGUGCAUGUUGUGCGAACCUGCCUUGACACGACCAUUGGACCUGAAGGCCAGAUUUUGGAGGAACUGAACCGCAUCAACGAGAGAGCCAUGGGUUUUAACAAGGCGGAAUUCUUGUCUGUCCGCGCACCUGACGAGGCUAUUAUCGAAACUCUCGAUGCGGCCAGGGUCCCAUACAAUUUCGCUCUGCUGGAAGAAGAACUCGCCGGAACCUGUUCAGACUUCGAUCUCCUACUGCGAUCGUGUCUUGAAUGGUCAUGUACACGAUUUCGACAAUCCAAUACUCGAUUAUAUCUGGUCACCCGUUUGGUCAAUCGCUGGCGACGAGGCGGUCGUGAUAUUGACACCCCUAUACUCAACUUUCUUUCUGCUUUCCGGGCUGGCAAGACUACCGCUGAUACCCAGGCCUUAAGGCACCUGAUUGCACAGUUCUCCAGAUCUGAUUGCUUUCCGGUAAGCAAAUACCUGCAAUGGCUCAUGGUGAGAGGUCUUCCAGAGAAGGGAACUGUACGCAUCGACACAGGUCCUAUCUUCGGGCGAACAGCGGGAGUUGAACCCCCGAGGCAGCCCGAGUCUGUUCAAUUUCUACUCGAUCUGUCGUUGCAUCGAGCAGAAGAUCACGUCAUCAACUUGCGGAAUUCGGUUCUCGAACGUGCGGGUUUCGAUCCCAAUUCGGAAGAGGCCAUUUUUGAACAGUGUGUUCGUUUCCUUGAGCAAAAAUUGGCGGACUCCAGUUUUAUCACCAAGCCUGAGCCACCAACUCUAGCCGAGCCUUCUUUUGCAUCAUUGCCAUGGACGCUUCGAACUAGAAUAUCUAUGUGGCUACGAUCAAGAGCUCUCGAAGCCGCCAAAUUGGCACAAAGCACUCCUAUGCUACCUGGGUCCAAGAUUUUGAAUGAAGAACAGUUUUUUGUGAUCCGUCACGUUCUGGAGUGCAUGGAAGAUGCGGCUGUUCUUGCGGAUGUGGUCGGCAUUCUUUCAGUAUCACAAAGAGAUGAUCUCGUGGCAUCUCUCGUCGCCACCACUCAUUUCCACGCUACUUCCUUUUCUGCGAUUGGGGCCCUCGAAGUCCUGCAAAAGAGGAUGUGUCAGGUAUACAUGAAUUGGCGACCCACUAAGCCGACGAUGCCGCUACUUACUUCGACUCUGCUUGACCUGUGUACUGCUUUUCCUGUCAAGGCACCGGCAAUCAGGUUAUUGCAACAAGACCUCGUUCGAGGAGAUCGCGGGCGUGCAGUUGCAGCUUGCUCACCGUAUAGUGACGGCAUCGCCGAGUCACUGCAACAGGCGGGUGCUACAUUCGUGGAAGAUUUUGAAGCCAUCCUGCAGUCGGAAACCAACAUGAAUGAGCAAACCAUGAACGGACUCUUCUCGGUUUUGGUGGAUCGCAUCGAAAAACAACAGAAAUUCGGAGACGACGCGCACACAUUACACUCAUUCUGCCAACUUCUCAGCCGGCUCCGAUUGUGCCGCAAGACCCAAGGAGAUGCGCUCAUUCAGAAAUGGAUGUUGCAGCUCACCCCCCGCCUCGACUUGAAAUCGGGGCCUUUACUUCUCCGAAUACUCAUUGCGACGGGAUGCAUAACCUUUGCCACUAUUUUCGAAGCCACGAUUGGCUCCAAGUCAGGACCUCGGAAGAAUUUAGCGGUCUCUUCCUUGCUGUAUCAAAUUCUGGCCCCUGCCAAUUCCACAUCUCUUGAUUGGGCUACCUACCAGACUCGGACCAGGUGGUACGAAUACUCGCAGAGGGAACCGUCGACUGCCUUGGAAAUCCUCUGCCAAGCUGGACUGCAAGGCGUUUCGCCACCUUUCGACUCGCUCCUUCUGGUUGUGCUUGUCAACAAUUGGACGUUAGACUCAUCCUCCUUGCCCGACUCUGCCAAAAAAUGGCUCGUCAAGUCGCUCAGCUUGCCGUUGAAAUGUUCUGAUGGUGAUCUAAAUGUGGCCGGUCUGCAAGAUUUACUAGAAUCCAUCAACGUCUUUUCGCACCGAUUUGUCCAGUUACGAUUUCGACUCAUGUCACCGGCUUCUGUCGAAAAAGCAUCAGGGCCGGAUCAACCUGACUUGAUCGAGGUACUCUCCCAGUCACUGAAACAGGCGCUACAGAAACAGUCUUCUACGCACGGGCAGGAGCAGCGCUUCUCACGGCUGUUUCAGAUCGUUGGCCCUAAUGUUGCCAGUCAGGUCCGCCACAACGUCGAGAACGAGUUCCUGGAUGCGUUGCCGAAACUGCCGCUUGGUAAAGUGACUAGUCCACCCUCGGCGGUGUUCCCGAGCGAUGUGCAGCAGCUGUCAUUGAUUACCGAGCAGGCGUUCCAGGUGUGCCGGCAAGAUAUCAGUCCUAGCCCUGGUUUCAUGUCGCACCUAAUUGACAGACUAUCACAGCAUCUCAAGUACUUGGGUAGCGUUCAGAUGACUCCGGGUACUCCUGCGCCUUCGGUCACGACAGCCCCUCCAACCGUCUCUGCAUCCAGUGGGUCUUCGACCAACAUGAACCACUCUCAGAUGAUGUCCAUUACAUCCAGCCCGAAUCCCAGCACCUUGGACAUGGGAGGUGGCUCUUGCCCACCAGUAGGCUUGAGCUACUUGAGAUAUAUGUUGCAAAUGGUGUGUUUGCAACGCCCGACACUGAUCUCGUCCGGCUCCGGUGGGCCCAAUGCCAAACAGGCUCAGAAUGAACAAUUUCAACUGCUUGUACGGCUGGCAUCCAUCGCCACGCAUCCAGCAAUGGCUCUGGCAUCAGGACAUCACGGCAAUCAAGAAGAGCAGAUCAAAGCAAAAGAGGUGGUCGAAUUCGCAUGCGACGUAAUAGCAACCAUCAUCGAUAGUGUUAACGACGAAGUCAAAAUGAUGUGCGCAAAGGUGUUGAAAGACAAGUUGCAGGAUCCGCGGCUCGCCUACUUAUUUGGCAGCAUCAAUAUGAUGGGAUCAUUGCAGGUGCAAGACAUGGGCCGAGGAUUGCAGAUGGUCAAAGAAGGCAAGGGAAUCAUCGGAGAGUGGAAGCCGCGAAUGUGGGAAGUUUUGGAUAAUGGGAGCGGUAAAGAGAGCGAAACGUCUCUCGGAUUGGGCCUCUUUCGAGCCAGAUAUGGAUAGAGAACGAGAUGAGGGAACGUGAUGGUUCGAGAUGCUAGCAGGCCCAAGAGCUUGUUGGCAAGCCGAUGUGCAUUGAUGACUGCGUCUUGUGAGGAGUCUAUGAUAUUGGGAGAUAUUUUCUGUUUCAUCUACGGCCAUUUUACGAAGUCACGAGGAGAUGGGUUUGAUUAUUUGUGAAGAUCAGUGUGGAUUUGACUGGAUGGAUUGGGCUCUCCUUUUUUUUGUUAGACUUGUCGGAGCCCCAGCAUUGCCGGCAGGACCAUGGGCGAUUUUCAAGGACCGAUUGUCAUUUCCAUCCCUAUCGGGCUUCGAUACCUCGGUGACGGGUAUUGUGUAUGUAAAAGGAGGAGACCUCGAUGUCGCACCGCAUGUUGUACAGCCAGACUUAGAGUUGAUGAGAAGGGCUCUCCGGCCUAUGCUCUAGAAGCAAAUUCUAUGCCUUCACCGCAACUCGAGUCAUCUGAUGUGAGUUGCUGGAGGAUUGAAGAGA